AUGAUGAAGGGAGCACUGCUUGUGCUGACCCUGCUGGUGACCAGAGAGCUGGCCUUCAACAUGCCUGAGGUGGAAGCCUGCCCUGUGUUUUAUGGUGGAGUUGCCUCGCUGUUGCUUGGAAGCAAAACAUUGUUGAACUCAACCCUCGAUUUGGUUGAUAGUACUGAUGAGGAAAAGGCAGCCUUUGGAAAAAUCCAGGAUUGCUUCAAUGAGGAGGGAUUUGAUGCCAAGCUUCACAUUACACAACUCCUGGAUAGCCUGGUUGUGGGCUCAGUUCCUGUCCCUCCUUCUCCUACUUCCUCCCAUGCUUCUGUCACCUUUAGUGAGAAUUGCUCUGGCUAUAAAGUGUCCUCAGUGGUAAAUGCUCUUAUUGGAUUCAAUUCUAGUCUGCUGUCUAUGGUGACAUAA